AGGAAGGAGCAGGAUGGAGCCAGGAGGAGACCUGGAGGAUGCGCAUGGAGCCGAGAGACAUGUGAAGAAACUGCGCUUGCCUUUUGGUCCUGGACUGGGUGACACAGAUGUGGGGUUCCAGAGAUCUCCAAAGAAGGCAAGGAAGCUGCCUCCAUGGGCAGGACUGGACAACCUGGCAAACGAAAAAGUCCUGGUAUCCUGGUACCCUCGAGAAGAGGAAGCCCAGGUGGAGUCUGAUUUAUUUAUUUAUCUACACAAGCACUGGGUGCAGUCAGAAGCACGGGAGUGUGAGAGAAUUCACCAGAGCCAGAGCAGGGAACAGAACAGCCCAGAUGAACGGAAAUACACUGCUGAGGGGAGCAGUAGGCGGCAGGAGAGUCAGAAGCACAGGAGGGUGAGAGAAUUCACAAGAGCCAGAGCGGGGAACAGAACAGGCAGACUGACAAAGUACACUGCUGAGAGGAGCAGCGGGCAGCAGGAGAGGACUGUGCGCCAUGUGGGACCCUCCUCCAGUGGCUGGGGAGCAGCCGGGGAUCGAACCGGCACCGCAGAGGCCGCGGGCAGCUUUGCAACCCAGCGCUCAACUGCUGCGCCACCGGGGAGGCCCUGUAGUUAGUUUUAAAUAAGAAAAUAUGGCAUAUAUGUUAUA